AUGCAGCUCAAGAACAUCCUGUCUGCCACUGCGCUGGUCUUCCAGCUGUCUGGUGCCCUCACUCAGAGCACUGCCCCGGCUUUUGCUGGCACUUCUUCGGCCAUUGAGAGCAGCAGCACUGCUGUCGCCGCCAACAUAACCGACCAGAUGAUGUACCUCAACGAGACCCUGUUCGAUCUUGAGGAUGAUCUCGAUGACCUUGACGAUGAGGUCGACUUCAUCGAGGCCAGCCUGGACGAACCCACGCUCAAUGAGCACGGCGAGGUGAUUCACCGGCCGCUGCCUAAGAAGCCGCGUCAGGGUGCCCUCGAGCUCUGGUCGCAGCGCCGCUACCGUGGCCACCGCGUCGUCUAUGGUCGUCAGCCGGCUCAGUGCGACACUGUCGAGACGUACACCUACAACCGUGCCGGCUUCGGCAAGUCUGCUCGCGUCAUCGAGAAUGGCACGUGCUGCCAGCUCUUCACGGCGCGCGGCUGCAACGGCCACAACAUGGUCAUGGCCGGCGAUGUCGCUUCGUUCCAGCCGUACGGCAUGGACAACAAGAUCAAGAGCGUCCGGUGCAUGGGCUGCAAGCGGCUCUACCCCCGAGCGGACUGA